CACGAGACUCCGUUCUUCCACCACGGAUGCCUUGAUAAAACGACUCACAUAUUGAUACAGUAAAUUUGAGAUAAUAAUUGGAAUCUAACAUUAUUGUUGGGGUUCAGAUUAAAUCAAUUGAUGAUUCAUAGGCUUUAAAAUUAAGGUCCGAUUAAUGCAACAUGCCGUUUAAAGUUUUUUAGUUCGAUGAUCACUCCCACUAAUACUAAUCCCAUGAAUAAAUAAAAAACUUGUUUGUGGCAGUGUUGUUGUAUUGCAUCGCCUUUGGGUUCUAAAGGUACUAUGGUACUGGGUAUGAGUAACACAAACGAUUCAAAGAUCAUUGAGGGCACGCUGUUAUGAUAUGGAGCAACAUUGAUACAAUUACGUUGUAAAUUUAUUUCAUUGGUCAUUAUAAGGGCGGAUUAAAUGUAACUAUAUUUAGCACAUUUCAGAAAGUCAAACAUGACCAUGAUGCCGAUCUGUUUCACAUAUUUUGCUUUAUGAAAACGUAUUUCCCUGUUAACAUUUAAUGCGUUCCUGAUCAUCAUAUGGACAGUGAGUUUGAGCAUGCCAUGAAAUACGUACCAACUAAUCAAAGAUGAAUAUUUGGAAUGUGAAAUAUAUAGCUGGUACAACAGCAAUUUGGCUGGUAUCCAGAUAUGCGAAAGCUGAUAUGGAACGCCAGACAGAUAUCUGCGUUGAUCAUAACAGCAACAAUCAACACAUUAGUCCAUACUACGAUGACGAAGACAUCUGUUUACAUCACGGAAACGCAUCAGAGCAUUCUAUAACUUUAAAGCGGUACAAUAGAGCUGAUGGGCUGUCUGCAUUGCAAAUGGCCGAGGAUAAUCACAAUGCUUUCAGGAGAGGUAAAAUUUCUUUUGCGAGAAGGAGUGAAGGAUCUUUCGGAUCAAUUGGUUACAGUGGAAGUCACGUCAGUCAAAAUGCUUUAAAACUCAUGAGAAGAUCGAAUCCUAAAAGUUUAAGCAUGCUCAGCAGAUCAGAAUAUGGGAAAUAUAUACCCAUCAAGGAAACGAAAGACAGCCUUUAUAUUGGGGAAAUCAUGAUAGGCACCCCUCCACAAAUUGUACAUCCUAUAUUUGACACAGGAAGCACAAACUUAUGGGUAGUGGGAUACGACUGCAAAGAUCCAUCGUGUCUGAAAGUUGCUCGCUAUAAUACUUCAGUCUCAUCUACUUUUGAACGGCUGAAGAACCCAGUUAGGAUACAUGUGAAGUUCGGUACUGGUGAAAUUGAAGGGUACCCUGCUCUGGAUACCGUAACCAUAGGAGAAACCGUCGUUCCAAAGCAAGCACUAGCUGUUGUGGAUUCAGAGAAUUCUGGAACCCAAAUAUCCAAUAUAUUCAACAAGAUUAACUUUGAAGGCAUAGUUGGUUUGGCAUUUCCAGAGAUGAGUAGUAUACCCGGAAUGCCAAUAUUUGAUCACAUGGCUUUGUUAAGAAAUAUGAAGCACAAGGAAUUUGCAUUUUACAUAAGCAAUAACGAUAAGGACUCAAAGCUGAUGCUAGGAGGAGUGGAUCCUCAGUAUUAUACAGGAAAGAUCAAAAUGUUUCCCGUAGUUCGUGAACACUAUUGGGAAGUGAAAUUAGAUGCACUAUAUGUGGGAGAUGAAAAGCUAUGUUGCGACGGAGAAUCAUCAUAUUUAAUUUUUGAUUCCGGUACUUCACUCAAUACGGUUCCCAGCAGUUAUUUUGAUCGUUUUAUAUCACAUUUCAAGAUUAAGACGUGUGAUGACUACGAAGUCUACCCGACCAUUACCUAUGUGAUAGGUGGAGAGCAUAUAAAGCUUGAACCGCAUCAGUACAUGCUAAGCAGCAAUGGUCGCUGUCUGCCAGCAUAUAUGCAACUCGACGUACCGUCAGAGUUUGGAAAUGCUUUUAUUGUUGGAUCCAAUGCAUUCAUGAGGCAUUACUUGACGGUUUAUCAUAGAGGUAGCAACGGAUCUAAGUCGAUGGUUGGAAUUGCUCCCGCAGCGCAUAAUUCUGCGUAAUGUGGCACUCAUGAUUCGUUGCCUAUUAGGCU